AUGCUGUCGGUCAUUCCCGAGCACCUCUGGUUAGGAGAUAGUCUCACCUACAAGCCCCCCAAGCUCGACUUCUGUCCCAGCACGAAUCACGACACGGUCGGGUCGCUGUUGGCCAGCAUUGCGACUCACUUGAGCGACUCACUUCGCGCACUCAGAUUUGCCGACAAGCGCCACUGGGGCCCUGACGAGUUUGAACAGAUUCGCGCUCUUGAAGAAGCGUUGGAUGAUGCAAAGACAGAUUUUCAGGAACUGGGGCGCUUGGUCAAUGGGCAGUUUUACUAUGAAGGAGACAGGACUCCCGAGUCCCUCAACGAACUGCGCGCCCUCCUGGUCAAAUAUGAAUUCCACGCCCGCAACUACAAAGACUGGAUUCGGCAAGGUGGGCCCAUCAACCCAACUUGGCUCAGCGAGACCAAGGAACUCCAACUAGAGCUUCACCGCACGCAAUGCCGUGCCUCUCGGCGCAUAUUCGCGGCCGAGCAGGAAGGGACGUGGACACGGUGUCUGGGAGCCUACCAGGUGUAUCGCCAGCAGCGAAGAAACGAGGAAGCUGAGCGGAUACGGAAGCAGAAGGAGGAAGAGAAGCGGGAAAAGGAGACUAGGGAAGGGGGAAGCAAGCAGAAGGACCUCGAAAGUAUACCACCGUGGCAACGACAUGAGUAUCAAGAACAGCCGCAGCCGCAGCAACAACAGCAAUACGGUAAAGGGCCAACGGACGAGGCAUUACGGCCGGCGUUGAGAAGGGGGAGGAGGUUAAGCCUUGAGGAUCUGGUUCCAUGUUGCAACGCGGUUGGGAGGUUCGAGAGGUUUGGGGAGCACGACGUGGCCUUUGUAUGCGACUUUUGCGACGGGUUCAUCGUCUGGCCGGAUCUACAGAGGAUGCCAUCUACAAGGGCGGCGUUGGAUAAGACGAAUGGAGGGAGUGCAAGUACGACAGCAAGUAUCCCGACGUCAACGACGAUAGCGAGAAACUCUCCAAGAAAGCUCAUACUACCGACCAUAGUGACGGCCUCAUAUCCAGCAGCAAUUCUGCCAUCGUCAACCAUCACCACCACCACCACCACCACAGCAACAACAAAAGAAGCACAGACAGAGACAACAACAACAACAACAACAGAAAACACAUAUCCCCACUGGCAAGCCCAAGGCGUAAGCGCCAAAACAGGCGAAGCUAAAACGGUCGUUUUCGCGCCCAUAGCAAUUGCGAACCACAUUGCCCCCGUCCCCGGCGAUUGGCUGGCGAGGAUAUGGUGUCCCUACUGCGACGAAUACACGUACGUGGACCAGGGUGAGGACAGCGAGGACGAGGUCAAGUGGGCACAGGACGAGAGGGGGUUCGAGGACUUGGCCAGCUUCCAGGAGCAUCUGGAGUGGUAUCAUACGGCGUUGCCGGUGCCGAGUAUACCGACGUUAUUGCCAAAGGCGGCGGAGAGUUGUUUGGUUAUGUGAUUGAGGCUUGUGGGUGCGUGUGCAGGUGGUUCAAGUUUGGGCUUAGUGUGACCAGGGUGUCGGUUUCUGUUCUGAAUUGAGAACAAAAAACAAAAAAACAAAAAUAGCGGUUUGGAAUUGGAGUUUGGGGGGAAGGGCUUCUACUUCAAGUAGGGAAACAGACCGAUAGGCUAUCUCAGAUGAAGAUUUUGUAUCAGCGCUUGACAGAAACAGCGCGUUGAGCAGAAGAGAUGCCGGUCUGGAACGAACCAGGAGAUACGCAUGAUUGAGCAUCGGUGACACUGUGGUACAGUCGUCCAUAGAGACCUUGUCAGGCUUUACGAAGGCAUCGGAUGAAGGAGUGGAAAGCAAGAACCUAUAAGCAACAUGUCUUGAUAGCUGAAACCUCACCUGGCCAAACGUCCUUUUGCGUUCGCCCCCCUUUCCCCCCAACCUCCUUUACCCAAACUCCAUGCUAGGUCAAGCGCCAAAAAACCAAUGCCGCACAAACACAUAUUAGAAUAAUUACAGAAUCCACGUAGGCUAUCCGUCACAGCAUCAUACAGAGCCAGGCUGACUGAGGAAACCCACCCGACGGUAUCAUGUUAACCCGCUGCCGGUGAUGCUCCCUGCCUGGGAUGCACUCAAAAGAAGAAUCUCCACCACAAGAAGAAGAUGAUAAUGGAACCGACCGCCGCAAACGGGCCGUACUGCUUCAGCAGCAAAUCCCAGUUGAUCUUAACAGCCGCCCUCUUGUACUUCUUGCUAUCGUCCCUCAGCCUACUGCUCAGCUCGCCCAUGCGCUCCAGGCUGUCGCCGCGGUACAGCAGAUCCUCAAUGUUCUUGGUCAUGACUUUGGUCACGUCCCUAAGCUCAUCAUGCAGCUUAUCCAGGUUCUGGGUCGCACGCGUGUCGCUGUAAGUCGCCUUGGUGCGGCUGAUGAAGCUGUCAAAGUCCAUGAAGGCAUAGGGCCGCAGCGUCGGGUUCAUGAGCUGUGCCGGGGUGUGCGUCGUCGCGAACUCGCCCGCAAUGUCGGAAAGGUAGGUGAAGGCUAGCUUGCGCGGGUACGACCGGUCCGUAAUGGCGAAGUAUACGAUGUCGGACUGAAUCAGGUAGUGCAGGGUAUAGAGAGAGCCGCUCUCAAUGCUGGCUUGCGGUUCCGAGGUGCGCG